AGGAAAUAACUCUGCGCACAAUCACGCUACAACACGGAUUUAUUUAUAAAUAGAACCUAGAAAUUAUUCUGCUAUAAAAGACCGUUCGAUUCGCAUUUUUUUGUUAUUCGUGAUGCGUUUUCUAGUUCUAUUCCUGGUUGUGCUAAACGUUGCCCUUUUUGCAAAGGCUUCUACGAUUGUUGGUGAAAAUGUGAUACAAUGUGUUCAAGACGAAGACAUGGUGUGUCGGUAUAAAGAUGUUAACAUCCAAAGGGGAAUCUCGAUUCGGUUGCAGCUUCCGCCCUCAUCGAAUGUCACCAAUGUUAAAUUUGAUGGAUCCUCCAUAAUCGCUGUUACGAGUGAUAUGUUACGUAACCUCAAAGAGCUUCAUUCCAUCGAUUUAAGUGACACAGGAGUAAGAGAAAUUGUCGAAGGAGCGUUCCUUGAUAUGAGAAGCCUCAAGUCUCUCGAUAUAUCCAUGAAUUAUUUGAAUGCUCUACCACGAACAAUGCUAGAGGAUACAAUCAGUCUGGAAGAGCUGGAUGUCAGUGAUAACAAUUUGAAAAUGAUACAUGUCAAUUUAUUGGAACACUGUCCCGAGAUAAAAGGACUUAUACUAAGUGAUAACGCUAUAAGUGAUAUACCUCUAGAAAUGUUUCGUAUUCCGAGAGAACUUUUGGAGCUUAAUUUGCGUGGCAACAAAAUCAAGGAACUGAAGGAAGGCGUCUUUAGACUGUUGGAAAAUUUGAGAGAUUUGAAUAUUGGUGAUAACAAUCUUCGAGAGUUGAAAUAUUAUUAUUUUCGAAAUCUGAAAAAAUUAGAAAAACUCAAUUUAUCCGGUAACUUAUUGGAGAAAAUUAAUGCAGGAGUGCUUCACGGGCUCACAAAUCUGAAGUGGCUUUCUUUAUCUUCAAACUUUCUUAGGUCAAUUGCGGUUGGAGUUUUUGAUGAUUUGAAAGAGUUGGAAUUCAUAUCUUUGAAAGAUAAUUUUCUACAGCACGUUGAUUCAUCCGCGUUUCAAAAUUUGAUAAAAAUAGACACUAUUGAGCUCUCAGGAAAUUUUCUAAAACACAUACCUUUCAAUUUGUUGGAAAGCCAUGCUGGAAAUAUUUCACUGAAUAUGGAUAGAAAUGCUAUUGUUGAAGUGCCAUCAGGAGUUUUAAGUCGAAUAGGACCUAUUGUAGCUUUACAAAAUAAUCGUAUCAAAUUUAUCAACUCGAGCGUGUUUCAGGAGGCUCCAAACUUGACAACGGUUUCACUUUAUGGGAACGAAAUAGAAAUCUUGGAAGAUGAUUGCUUAGCAAGUUUACCGCAAUUAACGGAACUUUAUUUGGAUCACAACAAGCUUACGGAGAUUUCGAUAAUUCAGUUCACUUCGAAUCCAGUGAUCAAUUACAUCACCCUCAAGAAUAAUUUGUUGCACACGAUCCGAUCAAAUACUUUCGCUGGCCUGGAGCAAUUACACUCGCUAGAACUUUCAAACAAUCUGAUUUCAUCGAUCGAAACUGGUGCGUUUUAUGGCUCAGCAAUUAAUUACUUGUUUUUGGAAAACAAUCAGCUGGAAGAAAUAGACCCACAUGUGUUUGAUGGCAUCCAAUUGAAAUACUUAAGUUUAUCAAAGAACAAGUUGACAACCAUAGACUCAUCAACACUUGUUAACCAGCCGCAUUUGAUUUUUCUAGAUCUCAAUGGAAACAAUAUCCAAUCACUCCACGAAGAUUCGUUCAAAAACACAAAAGAAGUUGAGCACUUGAUUAUCUCAGGUUAUAACUCCAUGAAAUUGAAGGAACGUCUUUUGUCUAAUUUGGCAUAUUUAAAAUAUCUGAAAGUUUCAAACAUAACGGAUUUCAGUUCUAAUAUUUUGCUUCAAUGUACAAAUUUGGAAAUUAUAGAAAUGGAAAAGGUCACCAUAAGUUCAAACGAAUUGUUGAAUGUACCACUAUCCAAAUUGAAAUCAAUAAAAUUAUCUUCGGUUUCAGGAAUGCCGUUGGUUUUCCCUGAAAAUCUUGAAAAUCUUAUUAUUGAUAAAAUGGAUUCAGGUACGCUGGAUUUAUCUCUCUUAUCCAGGCUUGGAAUACUUCACGAAUUGAGUAUUACAAAUUCGGGAAUCAAGAAUCUGGAUAGAAAUCUUUUAAAAGGCUCACAUGCCCUUGAACAUUUGAGCUUAGCUGGAAAUAACAUUACAUCUAUUCCUUUAACUUUUUUCAAAACACUUAAAAAUUUGUCAUUAGUUGACUUAUCUUACAAUGAACUUUCCCAAGUGCACUCCGAGUGGUUUGAAAGUUCUAGAAAUAUAAAAUUUCUCUCUUUUGAAAGUAACAAAUUGACCACUAUACCUCAUGAUUUCUUCAAAAACUCGAAGAACUUAGAAACGUUGUCCUUAGCAAAGAAUCGUUUCAGUCAAAUAACUGCAGAUUUUAAAGUUGCUUCUCUUCGGAACCUUGAUUUGUCAUUUAAUAGUAUUUCAUAUUUGCCAUCCGAGUUUUACAAAAAUAAUGCACGUCUCCGAGUACUGGAAGUAUCGAACAACUACUUGAAACGCAUAACCAUCACUGAAGAAAUAUACCUUUUGGAUGCCUCUUUCAACAGAAUCGAAAGUAUUGAUUUCGAUAAAAACAGAAAGCUAUCGUUACAAGCUUUAAUUCUAAAGAACAACAACAUAGGAUCAUGGAAUUCAACAAUAAUGCACUUCCCUAACCUGCAAACUCUGGACGUCUCCAACAACCCCGAGCAACAACUUUUUAUGGACCACCUAGUUGAAAUGCAAAAUUUGUUCUUUUUGAACAUAUCCGGAUCGGGAUACUUCCCGCGCCUACAACUCGGAUCCACUCCUUCGCGCUUGGAGGCUUUGGACAUGAGCUAUCACAAUUUUGGUCAGGACUUGUCACCCGGAUUUUUCUCGAAACUACCCAAACUCUCCAGGCUAAACAUCUCGGGAACGAAGCUGUCUAAUCAAACCUACCAAGUUAUGGCCCAGGAAAUGCUCCGUUUGAGAGUCUUGAAAACGGAUGAUUCAGAUCAUCUUGUAGAACAAUUCUUCAAACUAGAUCGUAAAUCAUUUGAAAGUGAUUAGAUUUUAUAAAAGUUAUUAAAAUGGUUUAUGAGUUCUAAGGGCACCUGCAACGGUUCAGGCGUAAAUAUUGGUUUUAAGUAUACCAGUUUUAGCAAAAUUUGAAAUUUUAGAAUCGACUAAAGCACCCACUCCCCACCGGUGUAAGAGAAAAUUUAAAACGGAAUCACUUUCAUUGCAGACACUCAUUAACUGAGAAGAAAAAACCCAUUUUAUAAUAAAAAAUGCAUAAGUUUUGAGUUUCACGGUUAAUUGUCUUAAAAUUAAUUCUACGAAUAUUCUUUUUGACAGAACAAUGAUUUCAACUAUUCUACCAGGAUUUCAUUAAUUUAAAAGCAAAAAUAACUACACAACGAGGAAAAAAGGUCAAUUGAAAUAAUACUUCAAUUAAUUCAGUCAAAUUGCUUUGAAUCUAUGGAAUGAGGUUUUGUUAAAAUGAAAUGAAAAAGCAAUAUUUUUUUCAAGUUAUUGCUGACAUUGAUAAAGGAAAUGAGAAAUGUUUAUCCCAAAGUCAAAGGAAAUUUUCCUUUGAUUUGACGACAUAUUUGUUUGACAAAAACUUGUUUCACUUUGUAAAUUUAUGUAUGGAUACAGAAAAAUAUGCUGAUAUUGACGAAAACUCCGAGCAAUCUAUACGAAACUAAAAAUCUCUCAAUAUGUCAAAUAAAACAAAAAUUGUAGAACAAACAAUAAACAUUUAUUUUACCUCAUCGAAAAAGUACUAAAAUUUUCUUUUCGUUUAUUUUUUUUUUUCAAAUUUUAGAACGCCGACUAAAUUCACAAAUUCGUCGAGCCCAAAUGAAAAGCUUUUUAUUUAAUUAUAUUAAAUCGAGAAUAAUGUGACAUCUAUACAUUUAUGACAUUUACACUGGAUUCUUUUUUUAAACGAUUGUUGUGUUCGUGCAAAAAAAGAAAUCGUGUAAAAAAAGUUCGAAACACCCGGGCAAAAUUCAUCGCUCAUUUUGAGUAAAGCGGCCAACUUGGACUGUAAAUCGAUCAUUUCCAACCAGGUAGACCAUUCUGAAAUGAUUUGAGUGAAACCGGGAAGCUCAAAGAUUUGUUUCGAAUUGCUCUGUUUUGGGUUUUA